AUGAAUCCCCAACCUUGGCGUUAUCAGCACCAUGCUCUCCGCCCGGCCACGAGAGCCUCGCAGUUGCGUCACCACAGUCCUCCAGACAAGAUGGACACCGCGGAGGAAGACAUAUGUAGAGUGUGUCGGUCAGAAGGAACACCUGAAAAACCUCUUUAUCAUCCUUGUGUAUGUACUGGCAGUAUUAAGUUUAUCCAUCAAGAAUGCUUAGUUCAGUGGCUGAAACACAGUCAAAAAGAAUACUGUGAAUUAUGCAAACACAGAUUUGCUUUUACACCAAUUUAUUCUCCAGACAUGCCUUCACGGCUUCCAAUCCAAGACAUAUUUGCUGGCAGCUGGAAGUUUACUGGGGCCCCUCCGGCUGUGGCUCUCAACACUCUGCCUUCUCCUACCAGAAGUGAGAUAAACUUCUGCCCACCUCCGCCUCAGAUUCCCAAUGCUGAAGAUAUGAAAACCACAGUGAAAUAUCAGGAUGGAGAAAAAGUAUCUGUUCUUUGCAAAGAAAAUUAUCUGAUUAAGGAAGCAGAAGAAAUUGUGUGCAAAAAUGGAAGAUGGCAGUCAAUACCACACUGUGUUGAAAAACUUUCAUGUUCUCAACCACCUGACAUAGACCAUGGAAGAAUCAGUCCAUCUAGAUCUUCAGAAGAAAGGAAAGAAGCAAUUGAAUCCAGACAGUAUGCACAUGGCACUAAACUGAAUUAUAUUUGUGAAGAUGGUUUCACAGCCUCUGAGGAGGAUGAGAUAACAUGCUACAUGGGCAAAUGGAGUCCUCCACCUCGGUGUGUAGGACUUCCUUGUGAACAUCCACCUUCCAUUCCUAAUGGUGUUAUGUCUCAUGAGUUAGACAGGUACCCAUAUGGACAAGAAGUUAUUUACAAUUGUUCUGAAGGUUUUGGGAUUGAUGGACCUGCAUUUAUAAAAUGUUUAGGAGGAAAAUGGUCUUCCCCACCAGAAUGCAUAAGAACAGAUUGUUUUAAUUUACCCAACUUUGAUGAUGCCACGCUUUUAGGAGAAAGGAAAGAAUCAUAUAAGUCAGGAGAUCAAGUGACUUACAGAUGUCCAAAAUUUUACCAAGUGGAAGGGUCCAAUACUAUAACAUGUAUUAAUGGCAAAUGGAUAGGAAAGCCAAUGUGCAAAGAUAUUUCCUGUGUGAAUCCACCCAAAGUGGAAAAUGCUAAUAUAAUAUCAAACCAGAUGCUUAAGUAUCCAUCUGGUGAGAGAGUACGUUAUGAAUGUAUCAAACCUUUUGAAAUAUUUGGGGAAGUAGAAGUGAUGUGUCUAAAUGGAACUUGUACAGAGCCACCUCAGUGCAAAGAUUCCAUAGGAAAAUGUGGGCCUCCUCCACCUAUUGACAAUGGAGACCUCACUUCAUUCCCAUUACCAGUAUAUCCUACGGGUUCAUCAGUUGAAUAUCAGGGCCAAUCCUUAUAUCAACUUGAGGGUAGCAAGACAGUAACAUGUAGAAAUGGAGAGUGGUCAAACCCGCCAAAAUGUUUACAUGCAUGUGUAAUAUCAGAAGAAAUCAUGGAAAGAUAUCACAUAACCUUAAGAUGGAAAGAACAUCAAAAGCUUUAUUCUUCAUCAGGGGACACAGUUGAAUUUGUGUAUAAAUAUAGAUAUUCUCCAUCAACGUGAAAUCAAUCAUUUCGUACAAGGUGUAUUGAUGGUCACCUGGAAUAUCCCGCUUGUAUUAAGAGAUACUUUAAUUUAAUUUAA